AUGAAGUCUGAGGUCAGCUGGUCAGAUCAGGUGCCAGAGAGGGAAGACAAGCCCAAGAGCAACGCUAUCAAUGACUUGUGCUUCAGCCCGGACGGUUCUAAGCUGAUCGUCGCGGUCGAAAGCCGGGUGCUUGUUUACGAUGCCGCGGAGGGAGAGCUCGUCAACUCCUUGCGGGGUCACAAGGAUACCGUUCUCACUGUCGACUACGCCAAGGACGGAAAGCACUUCGCCUCUGGAGGGGCCGACCACACGGUUAUCAUCUGGACUAGCAAGGCCGAGGGCGUCCUGAAGUACACACACAACGAGUCCAUCAUCCGCCUGGCCUAUUCCCCUGGCACGACAAAGCUGGCGUCGUGCACACAGUUCGACUUCGGCCUCUGGCGCCAAGAGCAGAAGUCCGUCGUCAAGCACAAGGUUCACGCGAAGAUUCUCUCCGCGGGUUGGAGUCCGGAUGGGCUACACCUAGCUCUGGGGUUCUUUGACGGGAACGUGGGCAUCAGGGACGUCAAUGGUGUUGAGAAAGUCACCAUCACCCGGGGCGCGCCGGUGUGGUGUUUGGCCUGGUGUCCUGCACAGGAAGACGGGGAGGUGCUCGCUUUGGGCUGCUGGGAUCAGACGCUCAGCUUUUACUUGCUCUCAGGGGAGCAGCACACAAAGGACCGCAAGCUCGGGUUCAACCCCUGCAGCAUAUCGUACCUCAACGGAGGGAGCUACAUCGCGAUCGGAGGGAGCAAUCGCAAGGCUACCCUCUGCACUAAGGAGGGGGUACGACUGGCCACAGUGUGUGAAACGGAGGCGUGGGUGUGGGCGCUGGCCGGGAGACCUGGCCACGACGAGCUCGUGGUUGGUUGUGACGGGGGCUCGAUCGGAAUGCACAAGCUGCAGUUUCAGCACGUCACGGCUAUCUACAAGGACCGAUACGCCUACCGUGAGAACAUGAGCGACGUCAUUGUGCAGCACCUAGUAUCGGAGCAAAAGGUUCGUAUCAAGUGUAGGGACUACGUGGAACAGAUUGCAAUUUUCCGAGACAGACUGGCGGUCCGACUUCCGGAUAAGGUGCACGUGUACGAGCUCACUCAGCACGACGACAAGUACGACCUCCGCUACCGCCUCAAGGACAAGAUAUACCUCCCCUCUGCGGUACCUUCAUCGUCGUCGUCGACACUGUCCUCGCCCGCUUCAACUAUCUCCUCGCUAGCCGUGACGUCCUCCAGCCGAGGGAGUGAGAGUAAGGAGGACGCGGCAAGGCAUCAAGGGUCAUCGUCAUUGCAUAGCCAGCGCCUCUCGACCGGGAGCGUUGACGGCUUGGGGGGAGCGCCGAGGGAUGGGGAUGGGGGGGGUUCUUCGUUUUUGCUUGUGACCUGGAACAACGUUGUCCUCUGUGAGGGGAGAGUGCUGAAGCUGUUCGACUUCUCCGGCGCCAAGGUCCGAGAAUGGGUACUGGAUGCGGCCGUGCGCAGCGCAAGCGUGGAUGGCGGCCCGGCGGGCGGGGAGUCCCUCCUGCUCGGACUAGAGAACGGGGUGGUGCUCCAAGUGUUCGUGGACAACGCCUUUCCUGUCGUGCUAGUCAAAGCAAGCACGGCGGCGGUGGUGGGCUGCGCCAUGUCCGUGCACCGAAAAAAGGUGGCCGUUGUGGACGCGAAGAGCAGGGUUAUGGUGUUCGAUGUCAUGUCCAAGGAGGUAGAAUUCCAAGAGACUGGCGCCUCUAGCGUGGCGUUCAACACAUCUUUGGAAGAUAUGCUGUGCUAUUCGGGGAACGGCAAGCUCUACGUCCGUAACGGUACUUUUCCAGUGCAAGAGCAGUUCAUUGGCGGAGAGGUGGCCAGCUACCGAGGGGCGCGGGUGAUCAGCUUGAAGGGGGUGGCUCUGUCCACGGUGGACGUACCGUUAACCAAGACCGUCUAUCGGCACAUUGAGGCACGAGAUUUCCAAAAGGCGCACGACGUCGCCUGCCUGGGGGUUACCCAGCGAGACUGGCGGCUCUUGGGCAUGUCCGCUUUGCAAGCGAUGGAAUUUGACGUCAGCCGGAAGGCGUUCAUCCGGCUGCGGGACCUCCGCUUCGUCGACAUCUUGUCCGACAUUGAGCUAAGGACCAUGCACGAGGCUACUCUGUUGAAGACCAACGCCGAAGCCAGGGUAAAGAUGGAAGCCGACUCCUCGGCCGAGCUGUUGGCGCACCAGGGCAACUACCAGGGCGCCGCCAAGACGUGGGCGAGGAACGGCAUGGCAGACAAGGCCAUCACGAUGUUCAUCGACCUCCGCCAAUGGGAGGAGGCUAAGGUGUUCGCCGCCUCUUCGGGGGGGUCCGUGGAUGCCAAGGAGCUGACUCGACGCCAGGCAGAAUGGGCAGAAGAAGUCGGAGAUUGGUCGGUGGCAUCCGAACUGUUCCUCAAGAGCGGGGAGCCGCUUCGGGCCGCUGAGAUCACCAUCAAAGGGAGAGGAGAAGGUUGGCAGGAUGCUCUGGCGGAGAUAGUCAGGUCGGUCACAAAGACGGAGACGAAAAUCCUGAGUGUUUGCGGCAAGGAGUUGUCCUUGGCGGGUUUCGACGACCUUGCGAAGGAGGCGUACAUGAAGAUGGACGACUUCACCAACGUCAUGGCACUUUACGUUAAACACCAGAACUGGUCGGAAGCGGUGAAGCUUUCCGAGGAGCACGGCCGCAAGUACGACGACGCCGUUUUCCUACCCUACGCGCUGUGGCUCCGAGACAAGGGGAGGUUUGACGAAGCCCUCGAGGCGUUCCAAAGGGCCGGAAGGCGGGAUUUGAGCGGGGCCAUGACUGAGCAACUCAUCCUGAACUCCGUGGCGAAAGCCCGGUUCGACGACGCUUCUUACUAUUAUUGGAGGUCUUCGACUGAGGCUUUCGCAGCAGCCGAGAAGGACAAAACGAAAACGAGCGAGAAGGACAUCAGAAAGGCUCAGAGGAUUGCGGAGGAGCACUCUCGUUUGGCGGACUUGUAUCACGCGUUUCACCACGUGCACUCUUUCACCACCGACCCCUUCACGGACCUACAGCCGGAGGUCUUGCUGCAGGUGUCGAGGUUCCUCGUGAACUCCUUGGGCGAAGCGGAGCCGCCUCGCGGGAUAUCGAGGGCACACACUCUCUACACCUUAGCCAAGCAGGCCAAAGUGUUGGGAGCCUUCAAGCUGGCGCGGUUCGCCUACGACCGCCUCCAGAGGCAAAGGGUACCUCCCCUCUGGCAAGAUCAGAUUGAUCUCGACAUGCUCACAGUCCAGGCCAAGCCGGUACGGGAUAGCCCCGAGCUCUUCGCGGCUUGCUUCCGAUGCGGAGCCAGCAACCCACUCCUUAGCCCCUACACGGGCGCGUCGAACAGCCUAGGAUCGACAUUGUCGAAAAUGCCACGCAGAACCGACGGAGGCGGUAGAGGCCGUCACGACGCACCGUUGCCUUGGGGUGACGCCUGCACGACGUGCCGACACCCCUUCGUGCGCAGUUUCUUCAACUUUGAGUCCUUGCCGCUGGUCGAGUUUCAGCCGGACCCCGGCCUUACCGACGAGGAAGCUUUAGAGCUAAUUACGGCCAGCCCACCUCAGGGAGGACGUGGAAGAGGGAGAAAAGCCCGCCAUCGUGGUGGAAAUCAAUGGCACGAGGCGAAAGAAGGAGAUGCAGACGUAAUGGCCCUCGGAAGCGACGAUGAGGGGGCGAAUGACGACGACGACUUGGAGGGAAAUUAUGUGCCGGGAGAAGAGCUCUUCAACCGCUGCAUCAACCGCACGCUUGAAGCACAGGAGGAUUCAAGCGAGUACAUGGUUGUGGUCGCGUCGGCGAAGUGCCUCCGAGCACUGAAGCGAGAGGACGUGUUCCGCGUCCCACCGGGAACCCGCUCCCCGCGAGCCCGCCUGUACAAGAACAUGAUGCCGGACAUUCCCUUAGCCUUGUCACAGCCGUGUGGCCGAUUUUUCCACGAGGAGGACUUCGAGUUUUCCUACCUCAGGGAGAGUCGGUGCCCGUUUAGUCGGGUGACUGACGUCGGAGACUACGGGAGUUGCUGA